ACCACCGCCGCGGAAGCGCGCGUAGAGUGCUGUUUUCCCUCCGUUCGCGGGGUGUUGUCGCCCGCGUGCAUACUUAAAUAAAUACCGCCGACAUGGCGGACGAUAACGGGCCGAGGCUGGAUUUCACCCUGAAGGAGUUGACUCUCUCCGGCCCGGAGGACGUCGACGUGCCGGGCAGCUCGUCCCGGGUUGUGCUGCAUGACAACAAGCUGGUGUGCGUGGAGUAUCCGGCGAUGGUGCACAAUGUGGACAAGAUGCUGCAGACUCUCGGGGGGGAGAAAGGAGUGUCCAAAACCUUCGCUCACCCCAACCGGCGUCUGGAGCUGCGCUUCCGGCCUCAGGACCCGUUCUGUCACUCUCUGUGCGGAAACCGCUUCCCGUCGAGCAACCUCGUCCUCAAAGUGCGCCGGCGCGUGCGGAAAAAGGACCCCACGGACGCCAAGAUCCACAUGGAGAUACUCGGAGUCAUCGGAACGACGUACAAAUUCCAAGGGAUGGCAGACUUCCAGUGUCUCGCCGUGCACUCGGAGGGUGGAGAAGACGUCUCUUUGUACGACAAGAUCAUCCUCCGCAAAUCGGAGAGCCAGGAGUUCUUCCAGCAGCCGAUGCCCCUCUUCCUCCCACCGGCCUGCUUCUCCCGCCUCGACACUCCCGUGGACUACUACUACCGGCCCGACGUCUAUCAGCGGUCGCCCCAGGUGCCCAUCAGCAACAACAACUUUAUUGGGUUGAAUCGAGCUCGCCGGCCCCACAACGCCAUUUUUAUCAGCUACGCGGAUCCCGUCGUGCCCACCGAGUGCCUCGAGGCAGCCGCGGUCAACUGGGAACGCGUGUGCGUGAAGGAGAAAGACAAGCAGGCUGCGGAACAUUUGAGAAAGAUGUUUGAGAGCCGACACAUCUGGUCCCGAAAUGCAGUCAAGGCCAACAUCAACAUCCACCCUGAUAAACUGAAACUGCUGCUGCCCGUCUUCGCCUACUACAUGGUGACGGGACCCUGGAGGAGUCUGUGGGUGGGGCUGGGCCACGACCCCCGAAAGCACCCCGAAUCCAAGAAAUACCAGAUACUGGACUUCAGGAUCCGCUGUAGCACCAAGCACGGGUAUUCAUUAUCCGACAUACCAGUGAAAGCCAAGAGGAGUGCCCUGAACUACAGUCUGCCCAUCACAUUCAACAAAUCAUAUCCUCAGGCAGCCAGUGUGAUGGAGCUUCCAGCUCAGGAGGGUCCCAGCUCCAGUCGAGAUAGAUUGCCGGUGUCUUACCAGCAGAAGGAGUCGUCCUACAUUUUCAGAGAGGGCAUGCUGCCUCCUCACAGACAGAUGUUCUACCAGCUCUGCGAUCUGGAUGUGGACUGCAUCAAACAGGUGGUUCAGCAGGAGGCCGACGAGAAGGUCUGCGACGAGCGGGACGGCUGGUGUGUUCUCGGCACCACGGACAAGCUGAGGGACAUCAUCUCAGCCAUGAUCAAGACCAUCAUCCGAGCCCAGAGACCAUCGUUGCCGGAAUUCCCCAAGAAACGCAGACGAAUGGGCCUAAAUGCAACGUUCGUAGAGGGAGAUGCGGGUAAAGUGGAAGAGGACGAGGUGCCGGACGACGAGAACAAGGACGACGAAGACGAAUACGACGAGGAUGAGUUUCAGCCGUCGGAGGGCAGCGAAAACGAGAUGGAGACAGAAAUUCUGGAUUACAUCUAACAAAUAACGGGCAUUUUGAUGACGUCGAUCUGGAGUUUGUUCGUGUUUAACUUGUUUGUCAAAGGGGAUGUGUUUUAAUUGCAAUGUUUUUUUGUACUUUAAAUGAAAAUAAAAAUGGAAAUAAUUGUA